AGGCACCAUCAAUCAUCAUCUUCUUCAUUAUUCUUCUUUUUUUCUAUUUUCACCCCUUUUUUUUCUUGUUUUACUUAUUCUAUGUUCUACAUUCAAUGUUUUAGAGGAUCAAACUCGGAAAAUCGGCUCAACAACGAUCUCCAACGUGGAAAAAAAUCCAGUCAGUACGUUUCUCUUUUCAUGUAACAUUCCAAUCUUCUCUUUUCAUUUGGUUCGACCAAUGUGUGUGUAUAUAUAUAGUCCCUGGCAAAACGGGCCACGGUCAGAAGUGCGACUUUCGCACCCUUUUAAGGCCGGCACUGUGCGGUAAAACGUGUAUUCCAAACGGCCGGUCAAAUUAGUUGUUUGACUUUGGCAAUACUAUUGCUCAUUUUUUAAUUGCCUAGUCUUACAACAUGAAAUCUAUCUGAUAUAAACAUUGAAGUAAUAUUUAUUAUUUACACAAAACGACUAACAUGUUUGACUAUUUUGUUUAAAUUUUUUUAAAUGUAUUAAAGUCGGGUUAGUGACCAAUGGAAUUAAAUUAUAUUUAUUGGGUUUCUUUCUGAACUGGUGUAUAAGCAUUAUGCCUAGUGGAGAUGGAUAUGAUCGGGUGAUUUCGCUAAUGGCACAAUGAUACUCCAGUGGUCCGUCAGUGAUCCAAAUUUGCCAUUAAAAAAAUAUGUAUCUCCCAGUUGUAGGCAUGGGGGCCCACUUAGUAAAUUCCAACUAAAAGACCAAACGAAAAAUGACAUUAUAGAGGGAGGGUAGAUAAAGGAAAAGGACUAAAAUGAAUUCUUAAAGACUAUAAUAUAUUUGCUUCAAUAUAAUUCUCCCAAGUGACAUGAACAUAGAUGUAUAUAAAAGCAGAACGAUACAUACAUAUUUCUCGUAUUCGUUCUUGCUCGUUGCGCAAUGGAAUGCCAGAGAGAAGCGGAACAAAAUUUUACACAGGAUGGGACUACUGAUCUUAAGGGUAGACGUGCACUAAGAUCAACGACUGGAAGAUGGAAAGCGUGUUAUUACAUGCUAGGGUAUGAAGUUUGUGAAAGAUUUGCAUAUUAUGGCAUAGCAACGAAUUUGGUGUUGUACUUGACAACAAAUUUACAUGAAGGCACUGUGAAAUCAUCAAACAAUGUCACAAAUUGGGUUGGAACUGUGUGGAUGACUCCUAUUUUGGGUGCGUAUAUUGCUGACACAUAUUUGGGCCGAUACUGGACUUUCAUGGUUGCUUCGCUCAUUUAUCUGCUGGGUAUGGGCCUCUUGACUCUAGCGGUUUCAUUACCAUCCCUAAAGCCACCAACAUGUGGUAAAAAUGUGAGUUACCUAGAUUGUGACAAAAGGGCCUCUUCGUUCCAAAUUGGUAUCUUCUAUUGUGCACUCUACAUUAUUGCAAUAGGGACGGGUGGAACCAAGCCCAAUAUCUCCACAAUGGGUGCGGAUCAAUUCGACGAUUUUGAGCCCAAGGAAAGGGCCCAUAAGCUCACUUUCUUCAAUUGGUGGGUGUUUAGCAUUUUCUUUGGUACCCUUUUCUCAAAUACGUUCCUAGUGUAUAUUCAAGAUACCGUGGAUUGGGGAUUAGGGUAUGGAAUCCCUACACUCACUCUACUUGUGGCCAUAAUAGCAUUUGUGUUUGGAACACCGGUUUAUAGACACAAACCAAGAGUCGAAAGCCCGCUUACUAGAAUGAUCAAGGUACUAGUCGCGGCGGCAAGAAAGUGGAACACAAGUGUACCCAUUGACCCGAAAGAGCUUUAUGAGUUGCCUUUAGACCAAUAUGCUAGUCCUGGAAAGUAUAGAAUUGACCAUUCAUCUUCAUUAAGGUUUCUCGACAAAGCCGCUGUGAGGGUUAAAGAACCGGCUUCUGAAUGGUACCUAUGUCCAGUGACACAAGUCGAGCAGACAAAGCAAAUGGUUAAAAUGAUCCCGGUUUUGUGUGCAACAUUCAUUCCUAGCACACUACUAGCCCAAACCAACACGCUUUUCAUCAAACAAGGCACCACGUUGGUUCGGUCCAUGGGCCCGAAUUUUGAAAUCCCACCAGCUUCUUUAUCUGUUUUCCUUACAAUCUCCAUGCUUAUUAGCCUUGCGGUUUAUGACCGCCUCUUUGUUCCCUUCGUUCGAAAGUACACAAAGAACCCGAGAGGUAUCACUAUGUUACAACGAAUGACAAUUGGGAUAAUUAUCCAUAUUAUCACCAUGAUUGUCGCGUUUCUUAUAGAAAGAUAUCGACUAAGCGUCGCUAAAGAUCAUGGUAUAUAUAAACCCGGGCAAAUUGUGCCUCUAAGAAUAUACAUUCUCCUCCCCCAGUUCAUAUUGAUGGGUGUUGCUGAUUGUUUCGUGGAAGUAGCAAAAUUUGAGUUUUUCUACGAUCAAGCGCCCGAAGGAAUGAAAAGUCUUGGGACAGCUUAUUUCACGACCAGUUUUGGUCUAGGAUAUUUUCUUAGCAGUUUCAUCUUAUCUACGGUAGCUAAUGUUACAAAGAGGAAUGGACACCAAGGUUGGAUCCUAAAUAACCUUAACGUGUCCCACCUUGAUUAUUAUUACGCGUUUUUUGCUAUUUUGUGCUUCGUGAACUUCUUUUUCUUCCUUGUUGUCGCUAAAAACUUUGACUACAAUGUCGAAGUCAAUGAAGUUGAGCCAGAGUUAAAAGAAGAUAUUGCAAAGAUCACCUAACAAAGUUAUGUUGCCGGGUAAUAAGUUAUUAUGUAUAUUUGCUUGUGUAAUUUCGUUUUUGUGCAUAAUUCCGUUAAUCAUAAAUAUUGAUUUUUAGUUUUAA